CACCACUUUCCAGCUGCAGUUAUGGGACCUAUAAAGCACAAAGCCCUGAUCAACGUCGAUCUCGGAGAGGGGUUUGGAAAUUGGACAAUCACUUCAGAUGAAGACUUGCUUCCAUUCAUUGACCACGCCAAUAUUGCUUGUGGAUUUCAUGCCUCUGACCCCCUCAUAAUGAUGGAAACCGUCCGCAGCUGCAAGGAGCACGGUGUGAAAAUUGGAGCACACCCCGGCCUGCCAGAUCUCCAGGGCUUUGGCCGUCGUGAAAUGAAACUUUCCACGGACGAACUUACUGCAAUUACUAUUUACCAGGUUGGAGCACUCAAGGGGUUCUUAGACCAGGAGGGAGUACCCCUUCACCACGUCAAGCCCCACGGGAUGCUCUAUGGUAUGUGCUGCAGAGACUACGAGACUUCCAAGGCCGUCUUCAAAGGCAUCCCCAAGGGUGUCAAGGUGUUCGGGCUUCCAGGUACUUGUAUGGAACAAGCCGCCAGAGAUUUAGGACUGGAGUUCGUCGCAGAGCUUUAUGCGGAUGUCAAGUACAAUGCCGAUGCUUCUCUCCUGAUCGAGCGCAAAAAGAAGGCUUGGGAUCUUGCCGAGGUCCGAAGACGCGUAACACAGCAGAUGGAAACAUGCACUGCUCCUGCAAUCGAUGGAUCGACCUGUGGACUACCCGUCAAGGAUUAUCCCAUUUCCAUAUGCUGCCAUUCCGACGUUCCCGGGUGCUUGGAGUUGGUGAAGGAGACAAGAGUCGCUGUCGACACGUUUAACAAGGCUUACUUCCCCAACAAGUAA